AUGGAUUCACUCCAGAGUCUGGUGUACUUGGAUAUGACAGGGUGCCAAAUGUUGGAAUGGAUUCCCAUGAGGUUGGCUUUGCUGAAUAAUUUGGAGGUUCUCAAGGGCUUUGUGGUUAGUGACACCAGCUAUGAGGGAGUUGCGUGCAACCUGAAUUACUUGAAGAAAUUGAAGAAGCUUAGAAAGCUCAGCACCGAAAUACACAGAGAUGAUAUCAGUGUGCACCAAUUGAUGGAAGAUCUUAUAAAGCUCAAAGCACUGACGAGUUUGAAAGUGACAUGGAAGAGGGAUUUAAACAUCGCCCGUGCUGAAAAGCCUAAGGAAUUUACAAAGAGUCUUCCUGAUCAGUUAAAGAAACUGGACCUGCAGGGUUUUCCGCACAAAGAACUUCCUACUUGGCUUCAUCCCCACAAUCUGCGUCAUUUGAAAAAGCUCCACAUUGGAGGAGGAAGAUUGCUCAAGGGUUUCGGCGACUUGCCAGGGAAAGCAACAGAAUGUGCUGUUGAUGUUUUACGUCUCACAUCCCUCCCCAAGCUGAGGAUAGGGUGGAUAGAGCUGAAGCAACUCUACUUCCCAAAGCUGACUUUCCUUGAGAACUACAACUGUCCAAGAGUUAGUCUCACUCCCUGCGAUGGGAAUGGAAUCUGGAGAUCUGACCAAGAUGACUAG